AUGGAUGAAUCUAAAUCUGCCCCACCAAAGGAACUGCCGUUGGGCUUAGAUGCAAAAACUGAGGAAGACUAUGCUUCUCUGUCGAAGCUACUUCAAGAGUUCACUAGUAUCCCCAACAUCGACAAGGCAUGGACUUUUAAGUCUAAUAGCGGAAUUGGUUCCCAGGCAAUGUUUUCGAUUAGCCAAGCAAAUCUUCUGGCUAAUAAGAGGAGGCAAUAUAUUCUUUCUGCUAAUAUCUCCGAAGAGAGUAGCAAUUCUGUAAACUUUCGAUGGGCUCCAUUUCCUGUUGAGAUGACUGGUGUGUCUACAGUUGUUCCAUCGCCAUCAGGUUUGAAGCUUUUUGUUGUUCGGAAUCCUGAAAAUGAAUCUCCCACCCGUUUUGAAAUCUGGAAUCAAGGUCAGGUGGAAAAGGAAUUCAACAUUCCUCAGUCUGUACACGGUUCAGUAUAUACUGAUGGAUGGCUUGCAUACUUUCAUUCUUAUACAGGCAUUAGUUGUAGAAAUUGUUCAAUUUUAAGUAUUAUUGAUUACUACUGUCUUCAAGGUUCCAGAAAUGUUGAAUGUGUUCUUGAUGGUAUAGGAAGCCUCCCCUCCAAGCCUACUUUUAAUGAUUUGGGCUAUAUAAAAGGUGGUUCAACAGAUAAGGACUGCGGUAGCUGGAAAGGUCAAGGGGAAUGGGAGGAGGAUUGGGGAGAAACCUAUGCUGGGAAACGGCAGCCUGCACUUUUUGUCAUCGACAUUAACAGCGGAGAGGUACUGCCUGUCAAAGGAAUUUCGAAGUCCUUGAGCACUGGUCAAGUUGUCUGGGCUCCAUCAACUGAAGGCAUAUAUCAGUAUUUGGUUUUCGUGGGUUGGUCAUCAAGUCCAAGAAAGCUUGGCAUAAAAUACUGCUAUAACAGGCCAUCCGGAUUAUAUGCAGUUAGAGUGCCAAUUUAUAUAUCAGAAGUCAAUGAAUUAGAGCUCAAACAGAGUCCAGUUGAGGAUUCACCUGUUCUUAACCUAACUCAGAGCAUAAGUAGUGCCUUCUUUCCUUCAUUCAGCCCAGAUGGAAGGUUCCUUGUGUUCUUAUCUGCAAGCAGUUCUGUAGAUUCGGGGGCUCAUUCUGCAACAGAUUCGCUUCACAAAAUUGAUUGGCCAGUGAAUGGACAAUUGUCCUCAGAAAAAGUUGUUGAUGUGCCUUUACAAGCUCUUGCUUUACUAGAAUGUGAUUCUUUGAACUUAAAAGUAACAAUUUAUAAUAUAAUAUCGUACACAUUUUCUGCUGGGAAUGCGGGAUGGAGGGGACUUGGCACUGCGAUGAUGCUUUUUAAAAUAGCCAUGUUUUCCUUAUUAUGGGGUGUAACUAACAAGCGUCUUGUGAAAUCUCACCGUUUAGAGUUUCAAAUAAAGGUGCGACCACCAUUCCCCUCUCCUGAGGCUAUCCAUGGCCGUUUGCUCAAUCUGAUUCCCUUAAAAGUUCCAGUUGUGCAGUGCGCGGAGGAUGGUUGCUUCCCAGGGCUUUACUGUUCCAAUUUUAUUCGUAAUCCAUGGCUUUCAGAUGGAUGCACUAUGAUUAUAUCUUCAGUAUGGGGCAGCUGUCAAGUUAUACUUUCUGUGAAUGUGUUGAGUGGUGACGUGUCACGUAUUAGUCCCAUAGACUCCAAUUUUGCAUGGAAUCUUCUUACUCUGGAUGGAGACAGCAUUAUUGCUGUGUCCAGCAGCCCAGUAGAUGUGCCUCAAAUCAAGUAUGGUUAUCUUGUUGAGAAAGAAACUAAAAAAGGUGCAUGGGGUUGGUCAGAUGUCUCAAGCCCAAUAUUCAGAUGCUCUGAGAAGGUUAAAUCUUUGCUUUCUUCUCGUCAGUUCACUAUAUUGAAUAUUCCAGUCAAGGAUGUUUCUGAUUGCCUAACAAAAGGUGCUAGCAAACCUUUUGAAGCUAUUUUCGUGUCUCGUUAUUCCAAGGAGAGUGAUGCUUGUGAUCCACUGAUAGUAGCGCUUCAUGGUGGCCCACAUUCUGUCCUAUUGUCAAGCUUUAUGAAGUCCUUUGCGUUUCUGUCUUCACUAGGUUACAGCUUGUUGAUUGUAAAUUACAGAGGUUCACUAGGAUUUGGCGAUGAAGCCUUGCAAUCUCUUCCAGGGAAAGUUGGUUCACAGGAUGUCAAUGAUGUACUUACAGCAGUAGAUCAUGUGAUUGACAUGGGACUUGCAAACCCCUCCAAAGUAGCUGUGAUUGGCGGUUCUCAUGGUGGCUUUCUCACAACUCACUUAAUUGGGCAGGCACCAGACAAGUUUGUUGCUGCAGCUGCAAGGAAUCCUGUCUGUAACCUUGCAUCAAUGGUUGGCACAACGGAUAUCCCUGAUUGGUGCUAUGUGGAAACCUAUGGAGUUGAGGGGAAAACUAAAUUUACAGAAGCGCCCUCAGCCGAGGACCUGGCUCUGUUUCACAGCAAAUCUCCCAUAUCACACAUCUCAAAGGUCAAAACACCAACCAUUUUUCUUCUAGGUGCUCAGGAUCUUCGUGUUCCAUUGUCUAAUGGCCUGCAAUAUGCUCGGGCAUUAAAAGAGAAAGGAGUUGAUGUCAAAGUCCUCAUGUUUCCCAAUGAUGUUCAUGGGAUUGACAGACCCCAAUCUGACUUUGAAGGCUACAUUAACAUUGGUACAAACUUGGAUGAUGCUCUUGGUAACAAAGAGAGGAGCAUAACUUUGAAGGAGCAGUCUAGUCGGGAAAGAGCUUUGGAGAUUUUUGAGUGGUUUAACAGAGAGUGUGGAUUCUUGGACGAGCGACGAAAAUGGAGCCAUGCUGAUGAAUGUUUGUGUAAUGAAAUGAGAAUUAAACGCAUUUCGGCGGUCAAUUCUAAGUAUGGUACUUUGAUUGAUGUUUAUAGCAAAGCCGGCCUUAAAGAAGAGGCAUUUCACUGGCUUGAGAAUAUGAAUGAGCUGCUACCGGAUGAGGUGACUAUAGGAAUUGUUGUGCAAAUUAAUCGAUUUCUUCCCAUUCCAGCAUUAAUGGAUGCAUCUAAAUCUGCCCCACCAAAGGAACUUCCGUUGGGGUUAGAUGCAAAAACUGAGGAAGACUAUGCUUCUCUGUCGAAGCUGCUUCAAGAGUUCACUAGUAUGCCCAACAUCGACAAGGCAUGGACUUUUAAGUCUAAUAGCGGAAUUGGUUCCCAGGCAAUGUUUUCGAUUAGCCAAGCAAAUCUUUUGGCUAAUAAGAGGACGAAAUAUAUUCUUUCUGCUAAUAUCUCCAAAGAGAGUAGCAAUUCUGUCAACUUUCAAUGGGAGAUGACUGGUGUGUCUACAGCUGUUCCAUCGCCAUCAGGCUUGAAGCUUUUUGUUGUUCGGAAUCCUGAAAAUGAAUCUCCCACCCGUUUUGAAAUCUGGAAUCAAGGCAUUAGUUGUAGAAAUUGUUCAAUUUUAAGGAUUAUUGAUUACUACUGUCUUCAAGGUUCCAGAAAUGUUGAAUGUGUUCUUGAUGGUAUAGAUAAGGACUGUGGUAGCUGGAAAGGUCAAGGGGAAUGGGAGGAGGAUUGGGGAGAAACCUAUGCUGGGAAAAGGCAGCCUGCACUUUUUGUCAUUGACAUUAACAGCGGACAGGUACAGCCUGUCAAAGGAAUUUUGAAGUCCUUGAGCAUUGGCCAAGUUGUCUGGGCUCCAUCAACUGAAGGCAUAUAUCAAGAGAGUCCAAUUGAAGAUUCAUCUGCUGUUAACCUAACUAAGGGCAUAAGUAGUGCUUUCUUUCCAUCAUUCAGCCCCAAUGGAAAGUUCUUUGUGUUUUUAUCUUCAAAAAGUUCUGUAGAUUCGGGUGCACAUUGUGCAACAGAUUCACUUCACAGAAUCGAUUGGCCAGUGAAUGGACAAUUGUCCUCAGCCAAAAUUAUUGAUGUGAUUCCUGUUGUGCAGUGUGCAGACAAUGGUUCCUUCCCAGGGCUUUACUGUCCAGGCUUUAUUCAUAAUCCAUGGCUUUCUGAUGGAUGCACUAUGAUCUCAUCUUCAAUAUGGGGCAGCAGUCAAGUUAUACUUUCUGUGAAUGUGUUGAGAGGGGAUGUAUCACGCAUUAGUCCUGCAGACUCCAAUUUUUCGUGGGAUCUUCUUACUCUGGAUGGGUACAGCAUUAUUGCUGUGUCUAGCAGUCCAGUAGAUGUACCUCAAAUCAAAUAUGGAUAUCUUGUUGAGAAAGCAACUAACAUUUCUGGAUGGGGUUUGGUUAAAUCUUUGGUUUCUUCUCAUCAGUUCUCUAUAUUAAAUAUUCCAGUCAAGGAUGUUUCUGAUUGCCUGACAAAAGGUGCUAGCAAACCUUUUGAAGCUAUUUUCGUGUCUCGCAGUUCUAAGAAGAAUGAUGCUGGUGAUCCACUAAUAGUAGUGCUUCAUGGUGGCCCACGUUCUGUUUCAUUGUCAAGCUUUUUGAAGUCCCUUGCAUUUCUGUCUUCAAUAGGUUACACUGUUACAGCUUGUUGA